AUGCCCUCCGCCCCGCACCACGUCCUGCUCCUCGGCGGGCACGGCAAGAUCGCCCAGCUGCUCACCCCGCUGCUGCUGCGCCGCGGCUGGGACGUCACCAGCGUCAUCCGCAACCCGGCCCAGGUCGCGGCCGUGCAGGGCUUGGAUGGGGACUCGGUCGGUGGGGGCUCGGAGCAGGGCAAGGGGAAGUUGAGCGUGCUGGUGCGCAGUCUAGAAGAGGUGAAGAGUGAAGGGGAUGUGGGGGCGGUGCUGGGGGAGGUGGGUGCGGAUUUUGUGGUUUGGAGUGCGGGUGCUGGUGGGACAGGCGGGCCUGAACGGACAUACGCCAUCGACCGCGACGCCGCAACGCACUUCAUCCACGCAUCCGUCGCCGCCCCGCAGGUGACGCGGUUCCUGAUGGUGUCGUACCUCGCCUCGCGGCGGGCGCGGCCGGCGUGGUGGUCCGACGACGCAUGGGCCACGGCGCAGCACCUCAACGAGCGCAUCCUGCCGGACUAUUAUCGCGCCAAGCUGGCCGCCGACGAGGCCCUGUACGCCGCCGCCAAGAAGCGCCCCGGCUUUGCUGCCAUCAACCUCCGCCCCGGUACCCUCACCCUCGACCCCGCCGGGCCCGUGGAGCUGGGCAAGACGGGCCACUCGAGGGGAAAUGUGAGUCGCGAGACUGUGGCCCGCGUGGCCGAUCUAUUGCUGGCGAGUGAGGGGGUUGGGAAUACGUGGUUGGAUUUGUUGGAUGGGGAGGAAGAUGCGGAGAAGGCAGUGGAAAGGGUGGUCAGGGAAGGGGUGAAUGCCGCGGAGGGAGAGUCCAUUUUUUGA